GCGUUGUUCUGGGCCAUUAUUUCGUUCUCCUGAAGCUCCAAAUGAACAACGGACUAGGCGGUCCUGGAAAUUAACAGACAUUAACACACGGAGGGGUUGGGAACUGCUUGCCUCCCGUGGACUGGCGCCCAUGGAGCGGCUCGGUCAGUAGCUCGUCGUGUCGCCGGGCUUGCUGGUCCUCUGCUGGACUCGAAGGCCAGAAACGGUUGGCGGCGUGACAGCCCCGUUAAAGCUGCAGAUCGGGUGUUUAUCUGGGUGGUUGGCUAGCUACCUAGCUCACCUCCUAGGUAGCUGCGAGGGGGAGGGUCGGAGACACCGAGAGGAACAUUUGGGACGACACAGCUGUGUCCCACCUGCUGAGGAAUGGCACACCUUCAAGACAUUCAUAACCAGAACUCCCGGCUCGACCCCGAGGAGUACUUUACCAAGCAGGAGCGAAUUGGGAAGGGUUCCUUUGGAGAGGUCUACAAAGGCAUCAACAAUCGCACCAAGGAGGUGGUGGCAAUUAAGAUUAUUGACCUGGAGGAGGCUGAGGAUGAGAUAGAAGACAUCCAGCAGGAGAUCACGGUGCUGAGCCAGUGCGACAGCCCCUUUGUCACCAAGUAUUAUGGAUCCUACCUAAAGGGGACCAAACUGUGGAUUAUUAUGGAGUAUUUAGGAGGAGGAUCUGCUCUGGAUUUGAUCCGUCCAGGAUCUCUCGAAGAGACGUACAUCGCUACCAUCCUGAGGGAAAUACUGAAAGGACUGGAGUAUCUGCACUCUGAGAGGAAGAUUCACAGAGAUAUCAAAGCUGCCAAUGUGCUCCUGUCGGAACAAGGGGACGUGAAGCUUGCAGACUUUGGAGUAGCGGGACAGUUGACAGACACUCAGAUCAAGAGGAACACGUUUGUUGGUACCCCCUUCUGGAUGGCCCCAGAGGUCAUCAAACAGUCAGCGUACGACUUCAAGGCGGAUAUCUGGUCUUUGGGAAUAACUGCCAUUGAAUUAGCCAAAGGGGAACCACCCAACUCUGACCUCCAUCCCAUGAGGGUCCUGUUCCUCAUCCCCAAAAACCCUCCCCCCACACUGGAAGGCCAGUACAGCAAGCCCUUCAAAGAGUUUGUGGAGGCCUGCUUGAAUAAAGACCCCCGUUUUAGACCAACCGCCAAAGAGCUCCUGAAGCACAAGUUCAUCACACGUUACACCAAGAAGACAGCAUACCUGACCGAACUGAUAGAUCGUUACCGCCGCUGGAAAUCCGAGGGACACGGGGAGGAAUCCAGCUCUGACGACUCGGAUAUAGAUCCAGAUGAUGUUGAGCCACAUCCCACAUGGACCUUCCCCACAGUCAAACCCACCACUCUGAGCCAGCUACAGAAAGACUACACACACACUGAUUCAGAGUCUGCAGAUUCUCUGAAGCCACAGCCGAAGUCUCAGAGCUUGCUGACCGUGGUGACGCCCAUCUUCAGAGAGCUGAAGGACAAGCGGCGGGCUAACAGUGGAGGAGUCGGAGCCAUCGAGGAGCUGGAAAACGCCUUUAGCCUAGCGGAGGAGUCCGAUCCAGGCAUCUCGGACCGCCUCAUCAAACACAUGAUGGAGAGACUGUGCAGGUUCACUUUAAAUGGUAACACCACCAGGUCUUCUCGGUGAAACCCCCACUGGACCCAGUCCUCUCAGCAAGGCCCACCUGUUGGACCACUGCCGUUCGUCCCUGUCCUGUUCUGUCCCCUCACAGAUUUGAGUUAUAAUUAGAUAUUUUUACAGUUUUUCUUUAAAGCAGAGAGUAUUUAAGACAAAGAAGCUACGGUGUUAAGAACAUUGUGUUGAUCUGUUGGUGAGAAGAAAAUUGCUAUAAUAAAGUUUAUGUAUCAGCUGGC